CACUGCUGCGCCCCAGAGCAGAAGACCUCAGGACUGAAUUUUUCAACCUGCUCUUUCUGGAUUGUGCCUUCAUCACUGGAAGACAUGAACACGUUUCUUGUCUUUGCUCUCCUUCUGGUAUCCAUGCAUGCUGGAAUGACUUGGAGCACAAAAUAUGCAGUCGACUGUCCCGAGUCCUGUGACAGCAGCGAAUGCAAAAGUGCUCUGCCCUGUAAGUGGACCGUGCUGGAUGACUGUGGUUGCUGCAGGGUUUGUGCUGCAGCCCUGGGUGAGACUUGCUACCGGACUGUUUCAGGGAUGGAUGGUGUCAAAUGUGGUCCUGGGCUGAAGUGCCAGUUUUAUUCUGAAGAGGAUGAUUUUGGUGAUGAGUUUGGAAUCUGCAAAGAAUGUCCUUAUGGCACGUAUGGCCUGGAAUGCAGAAAAACAUGCAACUGUCAGUCUGGAAUAUGUGACAGAGUAACUGGAAAGUGCUUAAAGUUUUCAUUUUUCCAACUGGCUGCAUCAAAACCUCCAAACAGAAGGAAAUUAAUUCCAUAUGCAGAGAAUGAUAUGGGAUCCGGUGAUGAUGGGAAUUCAGUAAAAGAGGAUUUUGUCAAAGAGAAAACCAUUCACUCUCCAAUAAUAAAAUGGCCAAAUCCUCGCUGAUAUUAGCCUAUAAUGGGUAGGACUUUCAAAUUGAUUGUUUCUUCAGAUUUAUACAUGAACGCUCUUCAACAACCUACUUUAUGACAGUAGAUCUCCAACAGUGGAAAUGGUAAUGUGUAAAAAUCCAACCUAUGUAUCUUCAAGAAAAGAGUGAAUUUUCAGCCUAAGACUGUGUACAGUGUACAUGAUUUUUAGAACAUGUUUUGAUAAGCAUUUGAGUACUAAAAUGUGUUAUGAACUGUUGAAUGUAAAGUACUGAAA